CUAAUAUCCCUUAUAUAAACCCUUGCGUACUUCAUAAGUCGUAACUCAUCAUAACCAAAAUUCUCAAUUGUAGUUUACAUAUAGAGAGAAGGAAGAGAAAAAAAAGAGAGAGAAAAUUGUAAGAAUUAGCUUUAAAGUGUUAGAAGAUUUUUAGAGACUUCAGUUGAGAUCAUCAGAAUACAUAGAGAGAAAAUUGUAAGCGUUGACUUUCAAGUUUCAGAAUAUUGUUAGACUUUUGGUUGAGAUCCUGUUAUUCAAUCAGAAUACAUUAAGAGAAGGAAGAACAAAAGGGAGAAAUUUAACCAUGGAAGACAUUGGACCUAUGAGAUGCCCUACCCAUCUAAAUAAUUAUCUCCGGCAAAAAGAACAUAUGAAGACCUACAAUUGCGAUGGUUGUAAGAUGGAUGGACAUGGACAAAGCUAUAUGUGUACCAAAUGCGACUACGUGCUUCAUUUGCAGUGUAUGUUUCCAUCAAACAAAAUAGCUCCAUCAUUCUUACAAAAUGAUAAAAUAUUCGAAUUCAUGAAAGAACCUCGUCCACUGCCAAAACCUAGUUAUAAGCGAUAUUGUGACGCUUGUGGAUUUGAAGUGAAAGGGUUUGUUUACCAUUGUUUUAAAAUGGGUUUUGAUUUGCACCCUUGUUGUGCUAGCUUGGGAUCUCAUUUAGAGAUUGAUGGUCAAAUAUUUACUCUCAAGAAAGAUAGUGCACCAAAAAAAUGUGACCUCUGUGGCACAGACGAUGCUAAAAAGAGUGACGUAAUUGAUUCUGGAUGGUUCUAUGCAUCUAAGAAUAAGGAUUAUAAGUGUCACGUGUCUUGCAUUAUGAAUUUGGCUAUUAAGAGCACAAUAAAAGGCAAUAGCUCUAUUAAUGAUGGUAUGGCUUUAGCGAACUUGGAGUUACUACCAACAGUUAAUAAGCGAAGAAGUGGUAGAGAUGGGAGCAAGUAUUGGAGAAUUCUGAAGGCUAUUGUAGUGUAUGUGAUAUCAAUAGCCGUUGGAGAUCCAACAACAAUUAUGGCGAAGUUAGCUGUAGAGAGUGUAGUGCAACUUGGAGCGCUUAUGUUCUAAAUUCCUAACCAUGUACUUUAGCUAGACAAACAAGUAUCGCUUAGGUAAAUUUGUUUAUAAAGUUCAUAAUAUUUUUGUUUGUUUCUUGUACAUGAUUAUGUAAUACAAUUUAAUUUAUUCAUUAUAUAACUAGUUCAGCUGUACAAGUAUUAUAUUA